GAGAUGGCUAUAGAGUUGCAGAAGAAGAAUGGGUUGUUCAUGGAACACGCUUCUCAUGAGGUUAUGGAGAAGGGAUACACUGGAAAGAACAUGGAUGAUGAUGGUCGAGAAAAACGAACUGGAACGAUGCUCACUGCAAGUGCUCAUAUAAUUACUGCUGUAAUUGGGUCUGGUGUUCUCUCUCUAGCAUGGGCAAUAGCUCAAUUGGGUUGGGUAGCUGGUCCUGCUGUUCUCAUGGCGUUCUCUGUUAUCACUUGGUUCACUUCUACUCUGCUUGCCGAUUGUUACAGAUCCCCUGACCCUAUCACAGGGAAGAGAAACUAUACUUACAUGGAUGUUGUAAGGUCGAAUUUAGGUGGGAUGAGAUUUAAGCUGUGUGGAUUAGCUCAGUAUGGGAACCUUGUAGGAGUGACAGUCGGAUAUACAAUCACUGCAUCGAUCAGUAUGGUGGCAGUGAAAAGAUCAAAUUGUUUUCACAAGGACGGACAUGAAGUGCAUUGCUACACAUCCAACUAUCCUUUCAUGAUAAUAUUUGCAUGUAUUCAGGUCCUUCUGUCUCAGAUACCCAAUUUCCACAAGCUUUCAUGGCUUUCCAUCCUUGCUGCUAUCAUGUCCUUCGCCUAUUCGACGAUUGGCGUAGGUCUUUCCAUCGCCAAAAUUUCAGAGAAAGGGCAUCACGUUAGCACAACGUUAACAGGCGUUACAGUUGGGAUAGAUGUGUCCGGUACAGAGAAGAUAUGGAGGACGUUUCAAGCCCUUGGGAAUAUUGCUUUCGCCUAUGCUUACUCAACCGUCCUCAUCGAGAUACAGGACACAUUAAAAUCAAGUCCCCCAGAGAACCAAGUGAUGAAGAAGUCUUCUCUCAUUGGAGUCUCGACUACCACCUUGUUCUAUAUGCUCUGUGGAUGCCUUGGUUAUGCUGCAUUUGGAAACAAUGCACCUGGAAAUUUUCUCACUGGCUUUGGUUUCUAUGAGCCCUUUUGGCUCAUCGACUUUGCAAAUGUUUGCAUUGCCGUCCAUCUUAUCGGAGCAUACCAGGUAUUCUGCCAACCCAUAUUUGGGUUCGUCGAAAAUUGGAGCGCCUUGCGUUGGCCAGAAAAUGGAUUCAUAGUGAACGAAUAUGCAGUUAACAUCCCCUUCUGUGGAACAUAUUACAUCAAUUUAUUCAGAUUGGUAUGGAGGACGGCAUACGUGACAGUGACCGCUGUCUUUGCCAUGAUCUUCCCCUUCUUUAAUGACUUCUUGGGUCUCAUAGGGGCUGCAUCCUUCUGGCCUCUUACAGUUUACUUCCCCAUAGAGAUGCACAUUGAACAGGCUAAAGUACCAAAGUUUUCUUCAAGAUGGACAUGGCUCAAAAUCUUGAGCUGGGCCUGCUUCAUUAUAUCACUUGUUGCAGCUGCUGGAUCUGUUCAAGGUCUUGUUGCCGAUCUCAAGACGUAUAAGCCGUUCAAGGUCCAAAAUUAACAAGUCUCUUUAUGUAUC